AUGUCGGCAGGGGGCUGGCCGCGCUCGUACAACGGCUACUGGUCCUGCAGCUGUGGGACGGCGGACAACUACGCGACGCGCAAGAAGUGUCGGGGGUGUGGGACCCUUGGACCGCGCAAAGAACUUUCGUACAAGGACGUGCUGCAGGGCCCGACGAAGCGGGAGGCGGCGCUCCAGAAGCAGGUGGACUUCAUGCGGGCAGAGCUGCAGGGCCUCAAGAAGCAGCAGCACGCCACUCAGGAGGAUGACGACGAGAAGCCUGUUGACUUGGAUAAGCUCUUCAGGUGGGCCCAGUCGUGCAAGUCCGAGUGGGGUGACCAGUCUACCGAGUACCAGCAGGCGCAGGAGCGCUACAUGCGAGCCAAGGAUGCCAAGCGAAGCACGAAGCCGCACUCGGUCCAGCACGGCUCGGGGUGGGGCACCAUAAAGGAGAGGAUCGAGGGCUCUGAUGGGGGUAAGCUGCAGUGCUACGCAGUGCAGGAGCAUCGCCUCACGGACGACAGGAUCGCAGUAGUGUCGCAGAGCAUGAAGGUGCAGGGGUACCAGUUCGGCGGCGUAGCAGCGAACCCAACUAUAGGACCAGGUGGAGAAGCAGGUGCCUCAGCGGGCGUGGCGCUGGUGACGCCCAGAUGCAUCGGUAUGACCUACCUGUACGGCAAGGAGAAGUGGGACCUGUCACCGCGCAACAGUCCAGGGAGGGCUGUAGCGGCAUGGUUAUCGGUCGGCAAGGGCAUCAUCUAUGCGUCGGUCUACUUGUGGACGGCGGAGGGAAUGACGUUCAGGAACACGGAGAUCAUCAACAAGGUGGUUGGACAGUUGGAGGCGCUUGGAGUGCCGUGGAUCAUCGGGGGCGAUUUCCAGGUAGCGCUAGAGAAGAUGACGGAGGUGGAGAGCGUCAAGAUGGCCAAGGCGCGAGUGGUGGCGUCAGGAGCCAGGUGCGGCACGUGCAGACAUGCGCACGGUGUAAGCGAGAUCGACUACUUCAUCGUUUCGGACAGCCUUGUCAAUCAGGUGAUGUACGUCAGAGUGCAGGAGGAGUGGCCGCCGGCGCCUCACAAGCCAGUGAGGCUCACUCUCAGGCUAAAGGUGCAGGAGCGCUUGGUUAGGGUGCUGGAGAAGCCGAAGGCCUUGCCAGAGCUGGGCAUUGGCUGCGCACCAGCGCCGCCGCAGUACCAAGACAUCGUGAGCUUCGGGUCGCAGGAGGAGGCCAACCAGAAGUGGAGGCAGUGCAUGCAGACGCUGGAGCAGGAGGCCUUUGCAGCGCGAGGACGCGCGGAGGAGCCGACUUGGAGGAUCAAGCCGCUCAGCUUCGGUGGCGCCAACGUGCCGCCAGCAGCCAGAGAAGCAGUCUGGUGGUGGUGGUUGGCGAAGGCUUUGCAGAACUUGCAUGGAGCGUGCUCUAGGCUCAAGAUGGCGAGAACUUGCGACAUCCAGAGGCGUCGGCAGCAGGAGGCAACCGCGCAGGAGCACCAAUUCAUCAUCUCGCGCCAGCGGGCAAAGCACCUCAAUGCUGAGGAGCAGGGCAAGUGGCAGGCCAGGUGCGGGCUGCUGGCCGCUGGGCUACUUCGAGGAGCGCAGCAAGAGGCGAAGUUGCAGCAAUGGAUGCAGGAGAGCCAUUGCAAGAUGAAGGAGUACGACCAGAAGCUGUUCAAGGAGCGGCGCGCACGGUGGGCAGACAGGUUGCAGGAGGCGGCUGCAGGCGCAGCUGGUGGUCUACACAAGCUGAGCAAGGCAGCUGCAGUAUGGAGGCCACGCAGGGCAGAUACCACGGAGGGCUCGGCGGACCCCAUCGAGGCAGCGGAGUACACCCUUAAGGAGUGGAACGUGGUCUGGAGGGUCGGCGAGCAAAUCCAGGAGGAGGUCAGACCGUGGGAGUGCGAAGAGCGCGACAAGCUCGAGCCUUUCACGGGCCAAGACGUGGACAAGCUCAAUGAGGUAGCCCGCGCCUUCAGGAAGAAGACGGGGGUAGGCGCCGACAGGUGGCAUCCCUCCAUGUUGCAGGGUGCGUCGGAUGGGGCCUACGUCAAGCUGCUGGACUUCUACAUGGAGGUGGAGCGGACCUUGCGCUGGCCCGUCCACAUGGGCACCGCGUUGUUCUUCAUGACCCCGAAGACCUUCACCACGGACAGGGUCAUCGGCUUAUUGCCCACAGCCAUCAGGGUGUGGGAGAUUAUGCGGGAGCCGCACAUGGUCGAGUGGGCCAAGCAGAACUACAGGAGCUGGGACUGCACGAGCUACGGCAAGGCAGCGGAGGACGCGGCCUGGGAGGCGUUGCUCAGCCACGAGAUGGACGACGCGGAGGAGCAGAGCGAGGAGACGCAGGCAACUAUCACGGCGGUGUUGGAUUUGGUGAAGGCUUUUGAGAAGGUCAGCUUGCACGUGUUGUGGGAAGCAGGCAAGCAGCUCAAUUUCAACACGGGGGUGCUGGCAGUGGUGUGCUCCUACUUCGCCAUGACCAGGCGCCUCAUCGUGGGGGACUCGGUGUCCAGCGAGACCCAGACGGUGGCCACCAUCGUCGCGGGCAGCAAGUUCUCAGUGUGCUUCCUGAAGAUGGUCAUCCAGUCCACGGUGGACGGCCUGGUGGUGGAGAGACCGAGGGCGCGCUGGAGGAUGUACGUGGACGACUUGCGCGUGCGGUUACGACAGCAGCACCAGUACAUAGUGACGGAGUUCGGAGAGACAAUCGACAGUUGCUCCCGAGGCUUCGAGAAGCUAGGCUUGAAGUUCUCUGUGGGCAGCAAGGGUAAAGGUGCCGUAAUGGCGAGCACUAAGUGGGCGCGAAAAGCCGUGACAGGGACGAUGCGCGAGCGAGGAUUGCCAGUGGUGAAGGCCUGUCCGUGCCUGGGGGUUGACAUCGUCACGCAUGGCACGGCGGCGAAGACCAAUAACGGCAAGAGGCAUGCUAUCAUGAAGGCUAGGAGUCGGAGGUUGCUCACUUUGAAGGGUGGGCGCAAGAUGACCAGGGGCGUCGGCUUAGUGUCCAAGUGUGGCCUGAAGCGUUCGGCCUUGUAUGGAUGCAAGUGCUUAGACAUGCCAGAUCAUCAGCUUCGACAGCUACGACGCGAGGCAGGACGUCUACUACCAGGUGGUCGUGGAGCCCGAAGCCUCACCCUUCAGCUGGCGGUGGCGCAGGAGGAGCCCACGUACGAGGUCACCGAGGCGCCGAUCGUGAGGUGGGCGCGAGCAGUGUGGCAUAGUGCACAAGACGAUGACGGAGGAGGUCAGUGGGACAGCAUGGGCACCAUGUUGCAGCAGGCAUGGCGACGGCAGCAGCAGGAGGUCGGCAUGAAGCCUGCUUGGGCCCGAGUGCGGGGGCCAGCAGGUGCUGUCAUCAUGUCAAUGAGGAGGGCUACGUGGGCGUGGCCUGCGUGGCAUACGUUCGUCUCGAAGGAGGGCUUCGAGCUGAACAUGCAGGAGGUGUGCCCUAUGGACAUCGCGGCGAUGGCGCGCAAGGACGUGCAGGCGACCCCCUGGGAGGAGUGGGCGCAGGCGGGGGAGCUCAAGAGCCUGAGCCCAAAGCCUUUGGUGGCUCCAGCGGCGGCGCAGUUACGAGCACGAGAGUUCCCGAAGCAUGCGAAGAAUGCGGCGAAGAAGAUCUGCAUUGGAGGCGCGUGGACAAUGGAGAAGCUCUGCAAGUGCAAUAUCGUGCCCACGGACAUUUGCUUGGCUUGCGGUGAGGCGGUGGGCACCGAGCACCAUCGGUACUACAAGUGCAACGCGCUCAGGAACCAGCGGUUGCAGGCGCAAGUGGACUGGCAGCACGUGGCGGAGCAGCAGGACGCCAACAUUUUGUGGACGCGUGUGCUGGUGAAGUCACCAGAGGCGGACUGGAAGUUUGUCGGUAUCGCGGAGGACCAGUACUACGGGCAGGUGGUCGACGGCGAUGAGGACUAUUUCACAGGCGACAUUGUCUGUGAUGGCCCGAAGCUCGGGUACAGCGACUGGGCGCAGACGGGCUGGGCAGCUAUGUCACUCACCGACAAUGGCACAGCGAAGAUGCAGUUCUGGGGCCCGCUACCGUGUACGUUACCGAUCCACAGGAAGGUUGAGAGAGCCGAGAUGUAG